UGCGAUUGCAAGGCCUGUGAGCUCCAAGCAGUCAGCAUACGCGAUUUGGGGCAGAGGGGUCCGGGAGAAGUUAGAAAACAGGAACGAAUUUGGUCAUAAAUGCACCAUUUUUAUUUUCUCCAUGACAGCAGAAUUGAGUCUCGAGCUUUUGCAUGCAGAUAGAUAUAGUUUGCGUUUCAUUCUCGGGUUUCCCCACCUUUGAUACGUCGGCAAAUAACGUUAUAGUUGUCACUCCCUUUGGACCCGUCAACAAUAAUAACAGCUUACUGUAAACGCUAGCUAGUUGGCUACAUGAUCUAUACACGCUAGCUAGUUGGCUACAUGAUCGAACUUUGUAUCGCCGUGCGAAAAUUAGCAAUAUAGCUAAUUAUUAUGUUACAAAGUCGCCGUUUCUGCUAACAGUGCACACAGGCCCUGUAUUUCGGGCAGAGCAUGAACGUCAGCGGGAGCAGCCAACACCUCAAAUAGCUGCAAAUAUUUAUUUGAAGCCAGGGGUUACCAGUUGACUCUGAUCAUGGCGUCAGAGGAGGCUUCCCUUCGUGCUCUGGAGAGCCUCAUGACGGAGUUCUUUCAUAGCUGUACCACCAAUGAGCGCAAGAGGGAAAUCGAGGAGCUGCUGAACAACUUCGCCCAGCAGACGGGAGCGUGGCGCUACUGCCUCUACUUCCUCUCCAACACCCGCAACGAGUACGUCAUGAUGUACAGUCUCACGGUGUUUGAGAACCUAGUCAACAAGAUGUGGCUGGGCGUGGCCUCCCAGGACAAAAUGGAGAUCCGCGGCUGCCUGCCCAAGCUCCUGCUGUCCGAGCACAAGGCCCUGCCCUACUUCAUCCGCAACAAGCUCUGCAAGGUCAUCGUGGACAUCGGCCGGCAGGACUGGCCAAUGUUCUACCACGACUUCUUCACCAACACCCUGCAGCUGAUCCAGACGCCGGCCAUGGCUCCCCUGGGCCUGGUCCUGUUGAAGACCACGUCGGAGGAGCUGGCCUGCCCGCGGGAGGACCUGAGCGUGGCCCGCAAGGACGAGCUCCGGAAGCUUCUGCUGGAGCAAGUGCCCGCCGUGCUGAGCCUGCUGACCGGUAUUCUGGAGACCAUCUGGGAUAAGCACAGUGUCACAGCCACCACCCCUCCCCCAUCUCCCACAUCAGGAGACAGCGGAGAGCUUCUGGGCAGCCUUCUCCAGGGGACGGUGUACUCCAAACUGCUGUCCCAGCCCCUGCCCCAGCUGGACCAGGAGAGCCUGCAGCUGUGCUCCCUCGCCCUGGAGUGCCUGGCCCACCUCUUCAGCUGGAUCCCCCUCUCCACCAGCAUCACGCCCUCCCUCCUGGCCACCGUCUUCCACUUCGCCCGCUUCGGCUGCGACCUCCGGGGUGGAAAGGGCAAGCUGGGGCCCUCCAUCUACUCCUCGUCCUCGUCGUCCUCCAACGGGGGCUCCACGGGAGGCCCCGGGGCCCCGCCGCCCUCGGGGCCGGUGAACGGCAGCACGGUGCCGGGCGGGUGCAGGGCGGACCGGGCCAGGCUGGGCGUGCUGGCCAUGACCUGCGUCAACGAGCUCAUGUCCAAGAACUGCGUGCCGCUGGACUUCGAGGCCUACCUGCUGCGCAUGUUCCAGCAGACCUUCUUCCUGCUCCAGAAGCUGACGCGCGACAACAACGCCCACACCGUCAAGAGCCGGCUCGAGGAGCUGGACGAGGGCUAUGUGGAGAAGUUCACCGACUUCCUGCGGCUGUUUGUCAGUGUUCAUCUGAGAAGGAUAGAGUCCAAUGCUCAGUUUCCUGUAGUGGAAUUCCUCGCACUGCUGUUUAAAUACACUUUCCACCAGCCAACUCAUGAAGGCUACUUUGCCUGCCUUGACAUCUGGACCAUCUUCUUGGACUAUCUGACCACAAAAAUAAAAAGCAGGCUUGCAGACAGAGACAGCGUACUGAACAGGUAUAAGGACGCCCUCGUGCUGCUCCUCAGGGAGGUUCUGAACAGGAUCCAGUUCCGAUACAACCAGGUUCAGCUGGAGGAGCUGGAUGACGAGACGCUGGAUGAUGAUCAACAAACGGAGUGGCAGCGGUACUUGAGGCAGAGUUUGGAGGUUGUGGCCAAAGUCAUGGAGCUGCUGCCCUCUCAUGCUUUCUCUACACUGUUCCCAGUGCUGCAGGAGAACCUGGACGUGUACCUGGGCCUGCAGCAGUUCAUCGUCACCACUGGCACAGGCCGGAGGCUGAACAUCACGGCGGAGAAUGACUGUCGCCGGCUGCACUGCGCGCUGCGGGACCUGAGCUCCCUGCUGCAGGCCGCCGGCCGGCUGGCCGAGUAUUUCAUUGGAGACGUCUUCGCCGCGCGCUUCAAUGAUGCCCUCACUGUGGUGGAGAGGCUGGUGGAAGUGACCUGCUACGGCUCCCAGAUCAGUCUGUACGACCUGGAAACAGCAGUGCCGUCGGUGCUGAAGCCAGAUCUCAUCGACGUGCACGCUCAGUCCCUCGCCGCCCUGCAGGCCUACUCCCAUUGGCUGGCACAGUUCUACAGCGAGGUGCAGCGGCAGAACCAGGCGCGCUUCAUCAGCCUCAUCACGUCUGCCAUGGACGCCUCCGCGCCCCUCAUCAGCGCCAAGGUCCCGGAGAAGCUGCUGCUCUCAGCCUGUCACCUCAUGGUGUCCGUGGCAACCACGGUCCGCCCCGUGUUCCUGGUGACGGUCCCGGCCGUGCAGAACAUCUUCAACCUGAUCACCGACAGCCUCGCUCGCCGGCUCCCCCCAGAGGCCCAGGUGCUGGUGUGCCGGGCCCUGUCCAACACGCUCCUGCUGCCCUGGCCCAACCUGCCGGAGAGCGAGCAGCAGUGGCAGACGCGCUCCAGCAGCCACGCCAGCCUGCUGGCCGCCCUCACCCGCCAGUACCGCCAGCUGCGCCCCAGCGCCGGCCUGCAGCAGCGCCGCAUGGGCCUGGACGACACAGUGAAAGCGGAGCUGCACCAGACGCUGCGUGUGCUCAGAGACAUUGUGCUCAGCAUCUCCGGAGAGGCCACCAAGUCCCGGCAGAUCUGCUACCAGUCCCUGCAGGAGUCUGUGCAGGUCUCCCUCACGCUGUUCCCCAUCUUCAUCCACCAACCAGACGUGACGGACGAGAUGCUCAGCUUCUUCCUCACGCUGUUCCAGGGCCUGAGGGUGCAGAUGGGCGUGCCCUUCACUGAGCAGAUCAUCCAGACUUUCCUCAACAUGUUCACCAGGGAGCAGCUGGCCGCCAGCAUCCUGCAGGAGGGGAGCGCGGGCUGUCGGGUGGUGGAGAAGUUCCUGAAGAUCCUGCAGGUGGUGGUGCAGGAGCCCGGCCAGGCCUUCAAGCCCUUCCUCCCCAGCAUCAUCGCUCUCUGCAUGGAGCAGGUGUACCCCAUCGUGGCCGAGCGAUCUUCCCCUGACGUGAAGGCGGAGAUGUUCGAGCUGCUCUAUCAGAUACUGCACCACAACUGGAGGUACUUCUUCAAAACGUCAGUGCUGGCCAGCGUGCAGCGGGGGGUGGCCGAGGAGCCCAUGGAGAACGAGGCCCAGUUCAUCGCGGCCAUGCAGGCUUUUGGCCAGUCCUUCCUGCAGCCAGACAUCCACGUAUUCAAACAGAACCUCUGCUAUCUGGAGUCUCUGAACAGCAAGCACAAGCUCUAUCACAAGAAGAUGUUCCGCACCACAAUGCUCCUGCACUUCAUCAACGUGCUGCUGCAGGUGCUGGUGCACAGGAGCCACGACCUGCUGCAGGACGAGAUCGCGCUGGCCGUGUACAACAUGGCCUCUGUCGACUUCGAGGGCUUCUACUCCGCCUUCAUGCCCGAGUUCCUCAACGGGUGCCAGGGUGUCGACACCAACCAGCGGGCCGUGUUGGGACGCAACUUCAAGAUGGAGCGGGACCUGCCCUCCUUCACGCAGAGCGUGCACAGGCUGGUGAACGACCUGCGCUACUACCGGCUGUGUAAUGGCAGUCUGCCUCCAGGGACCGUGAAGCUAUAGCAGCUCCUACACCCCCGCCAUCGCUGCCACCGCUGCUGCCACAACUCGCACGCGCCAUGGACACCGUUCCGGCCCCCUCCCGCCCGCCCGCCGCCCCGACCCCCCCAGGCUCCGCCUGGCUGCUCUAUCUCUCUCCUUGGGGAGGGAGCGGGGUGAAUCGACGAGGGAGGUUUCCGGACAGACCCGCACCUUAACGUCCGCAGAUUUCCGUGGAUCCCACCCAAGUCUCCCUUUUCUUUUUUUUUUUCUUUUUUUUUUUUUGUUCUUUAUUUCGUCUUGGAAAAAACACAGGCUCUCCACGGUAAGAGCGUAUUUGCCAAUAAUAACAAGGCCAAAACGGAAGGCCGGGGAUGCUAAAAAGGACCUGCACCUCUCCGAAUGCUCCCAGAGGGGGAUGGGGGACCGCCUGGGGUUCAGCACUUUCCUGAUUAACAAGUUUGUUUAUGAUGUUAAAAUUUGAAUAAUAUCUGCUUUUUUUUUAAUCUUUUUUUUUUUUUUUUUGACUCUGCCUUCAACUCCAAAGGAGACUGACUUUCAAACUCGGUUGAGUGUUUUUUUUCUUUGAUAUCAUUCCAUUUAGAUACAGAAGGCCGCCAUGCUUAAUCAAAGUGCUUUGGAUAUACAAACUUAUUUUUUAAAUAACACAAAAAAAAAAAAAAAAAAAAAAAAAAAUUACUUUGCUAGGCCAUCGUUUUUAAUUUUAUUGUCAUUGAGGUUUGUAUUAUGAUUGUUCAUUUGGACUGUUGUGGUUUUAAUUUGAAUGUUUCUCUCUAAAUCUGUUAUGUUUGUACAGUUCUCUUUUCUUACAUUAAGGAGAUUUAUUAAAAGCUUAAUACUUUUGUUUUAAAUGUGGAAAAACUUGAACUGGAGCCCUGAUUCUUUUAUUAAAGAAAGAUUAAAGGGAAAUUCAGGGGGAGGUAUUAAGGCAUAGUCAGCCAUUCAACAAAACGCCAGAGGGUUUGCCAUUCAGCCAUUCGCCAAAGAGGAUUUGCCAGUGCAACCAAUCGCCAGAGAGGGUGUGCCACGCAACCAAUCACAAGAGAGGGUUUGCCACGUAACCAAUUGCCUGAGAGGUUUUGCCAUGCAACCGAACAGUAAAGCUGGCAGUUGUGGAACAAAUUCAGUGUUAGACACAAGGAGGCCCUAUGUUGUGUUGUAGUUUUCCAUUUGAAUAGCUCCUUUGGAGUGUAAAAUGUAUCUUCUGAAAUUUGGAGAGGUACACGCAAGUGCUCUCUGAACAUGGAUGGGGAUGUAUUUCCUUUCUGUAAUGUCAGACUUCUGUUCCAGAUGCUUUUAGAUCCUCAUAAUGACACCGUUUUUAUGUGAAAUAAUCAUGAAAAUAAAUACUAUAAACAUA